AUGCUCCGGCGUGUUGUUUGCGACGAGGCUGCCAGCGUUCCUCCAGCUGCAGUGAUUUCAGCUAUUUGCGUGUUGCACCUCGGUGGCGAGCUCCCCCGGCGCCGCGCCCAACUAGCGCUUUACCUCCAGCUGGCUGCAACCCUCUGGUCGCUCUCUUUCGCAAUGCUACUGCUGAGGCUUUGCUCUCACUGGCAGAAUGUGACCUGCCAGGAGGCUUCGGUGGGCAACAUUGGAUUGGGGAUGGCCUAA